CAACAUAGGUGAGCAAGAAAUGAUUAUAUGCCCAUCUUGACUAAAAGAAACCUAGUAAGUAUUUCCCAUUCACAAUUCACAUAUACGACAUGUCACGACUCCGACUCCUACUCCGUGGUAUGAACCAAUCUCUAGUUUUACUAACAAAAUCCCACGAAUUAGAGGUAAAAGUCAUAGACUUGGUACUCAGUUUAAAGUAUGAUACAUCGCCGUUCCAUCCUCGAGAUUUUGUAACAGGAGGAUUUGUUAUUGUAGUCGAGAGCAUGCAUAGUUGAUCUUGUACGAAUUCGUGGGUUGGAUUCACUUGGUUCUCCUGAACACGGAUUCUAAAUCACAAGUCUGUUGUCUUUGGUGCAUAGCGAAAGUGUAAAUCAAUUUCUUCUGAAAUUUUAGAAAGAGGAUCUUUUAGACUGAAUUUACUUGUUGCCUUUACAGAGGAAUCAGCCCUAUCGUUAUGAAUUCCUUAAAAGUAACGCUAACUAAAUAAGCCCUAAAAUCAAUCAACAUGAUAACCAAAUUAAGGAGACUGCUUUGGAACUUUAAUUUAGGAGAAUUCUUCUUAGCAAGUCAUCAUUGUUUCAUAUCAAAAUUUGGAAGAAAUUAUAUGUGCUAAAAAUUAACAAAAUCUUAAUGUGUAUAAACAUGUAAAUUUUUUUGAAUUACAAGAAAAUAUGUGUCACAUAGGUAUGAAAUGCUCUAAAAUUUAAAUUAAAAAAGAGAAAAUUCACUUCCUAAAAGCGCACUUGCCUAUUGAAGAACAUUACUCUAUCUAUAUAACUUUCCCAUCCUUACACAUCUCACAAUAAAAAAAAAAGAUCUCAAACGUUUUCUAAGCAAAAAAAAUAAAAAAAAGAGAAGAAGAACUAGAAUUAGGUUGUGGAAGUUGCUAAAGUUAUAAGACAUGAAGUUCAUCACUGCAUUAGUGGUCAUCGCCUUUGUCAUGUCGUCUCUGGUUCCGACCAAAGCGAUUAGAGUUUCGAGGGAAGAGGAGAAAGUAGCUUGCAUCGAGACAGAUCUCCAAGUAUGCCAACCAGCGUUAGAAACCCCAAGCCCACCAUCAACGGAAUGUUGCAAAAACUUAAAAAUACAACAGUCAUGUCUAUGUGAUUACAUGGCAAACCCAUCGAUUGAGAAGUAUCUUGAACCCGCUAGAAAAGUCUUUGCGGCUUGUGGUAUGCCUUAUCCUAGGUGUUGAAUUUUAAAAUGUUUAUAAAAUAAUUAUCAAUGUUAAAACUGAAGUUAUCAAAAUCAUGUUGUAACAAUUAAUGUUGAUCAUUGAGAGUCUAUAAUGUGAUGAUGGUUUAACUUGAUUCAGUAUGGUGUUCGUUUUGAGUUA